GAGUUAUUUCAGAGCCGGACCCGUGUUUAGUGAGGUACAGAUUAUUAAAGGAAAGGAUGUCAAAUAGCAGCAACUUAUCCACGAAAGCCGUAUUUUUCCCCAAGACAACUUUCCUCGCUUGGUUGCAUGCCUUCUUAGUAAUUGGUUUUCUGAUCGUUGUUUUGAAUCUCGCUACGAUUGUCAUAUUUGUUAUCAACAGACAUCUUCGUCGUCGUAGUGUGUACUGCCUGAUUAACUUAGCAGUGGCUGAUAUGUUGCAUGGAAUUCUUCACCUCACAGAAUCUUUAAUAAUCAUUGGAGAAUACAAAGGGCUAAUUCAUGACUUGGUUUAUCGGAAUAUUAUGUACAUCUUUUUUGAUAUCUCUCUUGCAUUGUCCUUGUUCUCCUUGGUUCUGGUUUCUCUUGACCGUGUCUACGCAACGUACUUUCCCUUUGAACAUCGAACAACACGACUCAGAAAGUAUUGUGCAGUGUUUGCCAUAACGUCUGUCCUAUCUAUAAGUAUUGUAAUCAUACACAAUUUCGUUCUACGAGGACAAGCUCUUCAGGUGUUUUCUGUUCUUUUCAUUUUUUCGUUGUAUUUUCUUUGCUUGAUUAUCAUCUUCACGUCAUACUCGGCAAUAUUUAUCAAAGUCAAGAUCGAAGCAAAGCGACUUCAACCAAAUCAGCAACAAACAGCUGCCAUACAAAUAAGACAGAAACGUGAACACCAUCUUGCAAUGACGCUCUUUAUAGCUACUGUCUUGUCUUUAAUAACAUGGCUACCAUUCGUCGCUGGGCGUAUUACUGAAAAGAUUACAACUAAUCGAAUAUCUUAUACUGUUAGAUUUAUAUUAAUUUUGAUUCAACGCACCAACUCACUAAUCAAUCCAAUAAUCUAUGUGUUCGGAAUGGGAGAUUUUAGGAAAGCCUUGACACGACUGAUAUUCAAAUGUUCACGUGAACAACGGCAAAUUCAUGCAAUUGGUAACCACGGUAACCAAUUAGCGCGAUGGCAAUCACGUGCACCAAAAGGAUCUUCUCUGCAACAGGAAGAGCAUUCGUAGAUGUUUUCUUCCAAUACAUUUGUAUCUUAUGGUUUACUAUCAGGGUUAAUUACUGGUCGGCUGAUGAAAAGUCCUUGUACUUGCUGAAAACGACAUUUUACACCGACAAAUCAGCUAUGCUGCAAGUUAUAUAUUUAGUACAUCAUGUGUGAUUGAAUGCUAUUGUCAUUCAAAUUCUCUUUUCCGUCGUUUUGAUUGGCCAAGAUAACUGCAAAUAACUACCUACCAAUAAUAUUCAGCUCAUGAGCAUUAUGAAGUAAAGUCCUUUGGCUGUAAAUAAUAGUCAUGCAGCAUUUGCGGAAACAUGGCUCGCUGUCCCCAGUUGUCAGAACUUAAUGGGCAGCAAAAACAGGGGGUGGGGUGAAACAAAGAAAAAACUGAUUUAAAUGAUAAAACAAUUAUUGAACUCGGUUAUCACAAAAUAUCGUGAAUUUGUUAGUGCCUACGGGCCACUAACAAAUCACGACUAAUAUUUUGCUCAACAUCGUCCAAUAAUAGACCUUUUUUUCAAGGUUGCGCUCGCAUCCAAAUUUAAGAAAUUAAUUUGACGGGCCACGUUACCCGAGCAGGACCUUUAUAAUGAGAAUUAUCAAACAUUUCUUUGACAUUUUUCGAUAAGAAUUCAUAAAAUCGAUUAUUCUUCUCUUUUAAUAUGAAACUGGCUUUUCGAUCAAUUCAACUGAAUUUGCGUUUUUCAGUUUUGUGAUCCGUCAAGAUUUAAUGCGCUCCCAAACUUGAGAAAACUGAACUGAUCUAAGUCAGGGCAUGCGGCUAACUCACAGAUCGAACGCUGGAACA